UAAUUGUAUCGUUGGAUUGAAUACUCUAUCAUUAAUGAUUCAGUCUAUUGUUUUCCGUGCAGACAUUUUACUGCUCACAUGAUUUCACCUGGAGAAGUUAAAGGUAACAUUCCAUUCAUAGAUUAUGGCUUAAAAUGCUGGAAAGAACCAAGAAAAAAAUUCAAUAGCCAUUCUAAUAAUAAAAGACAUAUUACUUGUAUGGAGCGUUGGAAUGACUAUAUGUUAAUCAGAAAUAAUAAUAAAAAAUCAAUUUCUCAUUCUCUAAACGUAGCUAGAGUACAAGAUAUAACUGAGAACCGUAAACAUAUUAUGUUUUUACUUAAAGCUACACUCUUUCUUGCUAAACAAGGUUUAGCAUUUAGGGGACACAAUGAAACUGACAAUUCUAAUAAUAAAGGCAAUUUUAUUCAAUUAUUAGAAAUGUUCGCUGAUGAAACACUGGCAGUUAAACUUAAGUCAAGAUAUGGACACUAUACAUCCCCAGAGUAUCAGAAUGGUUUAAUUCACAUUAUAGCUAGUUGUACUAGAAAAAAUAUUCUUAGUAAAAUAUCAUCUAUUGGUGUGUAUACAAUAUUAGUAGAUGAAACAAAAGAUAUUUCAAAAAAAGAACAACUUAGUUUUGUUCUGCGAUUUGUUGAUUCUGAUUAUAAUGUCCACGAAAGUGCAAUUGGCUGUUACCAUAUGAAAAAAUCUGACGCUGAAAGUUUAUCUAACGAAAUAUUAAAAAUUAUUUCAGAAAAUAAGUUAGAUAUAAAUAAAUGUAUAGCACAGUGCUAUGAUGGAGCAAAUGUGAUGAGUGGAUCAUAUUCUGGUGUCCAAAAAAGAAUUCAGGAAAUUGUACCUCAUUCUUUGUAUGUUCAUUGCUACGCACAUCGUUUAAAUCUUUGUCUCAUACACACUCUUAGCAGUCUUUCAAUUAUAACUAAUUUUUUCAAUGUCGUUCAAAGUCUAUACAAAUUUUUGAUGAAUGGGCAAACAAAAUAUGAAUUAUUUGUGGAAGUUCAAAAAAAAAAAAAAUUAGAUGUUAUUCACUUGGAACGUUUAGUUGAUACGCGUUGGUCGUACUGGUACAAUUCUCUGAAAAAAAUUAAUCUUCGUUAUACUGAAAUACGUGAAGUACUGAAUAUUCUUCAAAAUGAUGGUGAUGAAAAAUCUCGAAUAUUGUCAACAGGCCUUUUAAAAGAAAUUUCAUCAUUCAAUUUUAUUUUAGUUCUUUGUACUAUGGAAAAAAUCUUAGAAGUUAUACAUUGUGCAUCUUGUGAGUUACAGAAUUCUUCAUUGUUACUUCCUGUAGCUAUUGCUUUGAUUAAAUGUACUAAGACAAAUUUAUUAAGAAUGCGCUCUGAUGAUGUUUGGACAACUAUUGAAAAAUCGGCUUAUGACAAAGCCCUGAAAAAUGGAAUAGAAGGGCAAUCAAGUGAAUUGAGACCUCAUAGAACAAAACAUUUCAAUACAAAUCUGAAUGAAUAUUAUGUUACAACUAGAGUAGGCCAUACAAAUUCAUCAAAUAAAACUUCAAUUAAAAUUGAAGUAUUAUAUACAGUAAUUGACAGAUUUACCAUAGAAAUGGAUAACAGAUUUUCCGAAGAAACAUGUGAAAUUUUAAUGAUUUCUGAAAUUUUUAAUCCUUCUAGUGAAGAUUAUUUCAAUUCAAAAUCUACAAAACUUCAAAAAUUCAUCAACCAUUAUAAAUAUUUUAAGUUUAAUUUUAUAUCUAUCAUUUCUGAAUUUUCUACAGCUAAAUCCCUCAUUGAAAGCAAAAACAUACAAAAACCAGAUAUUCAUUUUAUACUUAAAACUCUGUCGGAACUUCCAAGUGCUUUUACUGAAACGCUAAAAAUAUUGACUAUUUUACUAACUUUGCCUGUCACUACAGCUACCAAUGAGCGAUUUUUUUCUUCUUUAAAACGCGUUAAAUCAUUCUUAAGAAGUACAACUGGGGAUGAAAGAUUGAGUGAUUUAAUGGUAAUAAAUGUUGAAGGAGAGUAUGCAAGUCAUGUUAACUUAGAAGAAGCUGUUGAUAUGUUUGCGAAUCUUAAAAAUAGGAGAUAUCCUUUAAUAUUAUAAUAUAAUAUAAUUCAUUAUAUUUGAGAUACAAUUUUAUGUUAUUAUAAAUAAGUUCUGAAAAUUGAAACGUUUCAUAUUCUUUGUUUAUCAUCAUGAUAUCAUUAUUCAUUACUAACCCUUACAUGUUUUUUUUCGAAAAAAUAUUUUGUUGAUGGUCUAUCGUCCAUAAAUAUUAAAUAUUAGGCUUCUCCAACGAUAUAUUUUUGAAUAUCGAUAUCGUUUUGAAUUGUGCGAUAUCGAAAAAAAAAUUUAGGUAUCGAUAUAUCGAUAUCUCUAUGACUAUCAUAAUUGUCAAAUGUUAUCCUGAGCUGUUUUUAACCCGGAAUAUCCGAUAUAUUUCGAUAAUCGAUAUAUUUCGAUUAUCGAUACAUACAAUUAUCGAUAUAUACGAUUAUCGAUAUAUCGUACGAUAUAUUAAGAUUAUCGAUACAUAUAUUUCCGAAAAAAAGUUCGCGAUAUCGAUAUCGAAUCGAAAUAUCGAUAUCGUUGGAGAAGCCUAUUAAAUAUAUAGGUAACCAUAAUUUUUUAAAUAUUUUAAAGUCGGCAAAUUUAAUCAGUUGCCCCACCCUUUCAAAAUCUGAAAUGACACCCCUGUAUGAUUAACAAAUAUCAAACUAUGUUGUAGGUAAACUGUACACAGUGGCGGCGCCAGGGGUGGGCCAGGGUGGGCCCAGGCCCACCUUAAGAAGUCUCGGGCCCCACGGUGGCCCACCCCAAAGAUAAAAUAAAAUUAUAUUAGAAUAAUGUUAUUAAUAAUUUUGUUGAAAAUUUCAUGAACCACGGGUUUAGAUUAUUAACCAACCAUAAUAAAGAAAAUACAGCAAGGGAAAAUGUUCUAUUUUUAGAUACUUUUGGAAUAUUGCAUUGCCUUGUAAGUUGUAAGAAUCAAGUUUUAUCGACGGCGACGCGCGACGUACUGUUAUCUACAAUCUACUGUAUAUUUUUAAUUUUGUAUAAUCGUAUAUUCGUAUAGUAUGUGUAGUAUUCGUGUAGUAUGUAUGGGUUGACCCCUCCCUCUGCACAAGUGCCUGUCAUGUCAUCACCAUUGUUUAUAUACAUAUGAAUAUAUCAAGUCAACAAUUUGGCCCUCCCUAAAAAAUGUGGCCACCUGGUACUAAAAUUCUGGCACCGCCACUGACUGUACAGUAAUUAAAGUAGAUACCUAUUUAUGAUUUU